AUGGCUUCUAAAGGAGCACGAAAUGAUCCAGCUUGGGUUCAUAGUGAAGAGGUACAAGUACCUGGAGAGGGUGCCAAAAAAGUUUACAAAUAUCUCAAGUGUAACUAUUGUAGCAAGGUCAUCAAAGGAGGGGGGGGGGUAAAACGAAUGAAGGAACAUCUUGCUGGAUCAUGGAAAGAUGUUGCACCUUGUGUAAACGUGCCCGACAUAGUAAAGGAAGAAAUGAAACAAUAUCUAAAAGCAUAUCAAGAUCAGAAAUUCACUAAGCAACGUAAUUUUGAGGAAUAUGUGGGUUGUGGAUCAUACCAUAUGAGCAAUAGCAAUAACAAUGUUAUAGGUGCAAAUUCUAGUCCUAGUGUUAGCACCAAGGGGGUUAGAGGCCCGAUAGACCAUUAUAUGGAGAUUCCACUUGAUGAUGACCAAGGGACAGUAGCGGUUGAGAAGAUGACACCAGCGAAGGCUAAAGAACACCGCAAUAGAGUUUGCUUGGAUAUUGGGCGAUGCUUUUAUGAGAAUGGGAUGCCAUUUAAUAUUGCAUCGAGUCCGGCUUUUGUAAAUAUGGUGCGUUCAAUUGCUAAUUAUGGUCGUGACUUAAAACCUCCUUCAGCACACGAGUUGGGCACUUGGAUUUUAAAAGAAGAAGUCAAGACAACCACUACAUUUGUUGAUGACAUAAAAGCUACAUGGAAGCAAACAGGAGUUUCAUUGUUAUCAGAUGGCUGGUCCGAUAUUAGAAACAGAAGCUUGAUUAACUUUCUUGUGAACAAUAAAUAUGGGACAGUCUUUUUGAAAACUGUUGAUGCAUCAGAUUGCAUAAAAAAUGCACAAAAGUUGUUCGAGCUACUUGAUGGUGUUAUUGAGGAAACCGGUGAAGAUAUUGUCAUUCAAGUGACCACAGAUAAUGAAAGCGCGUACAAAACUGCUGGUACUUUGUUGAUGGAGAAGCUAAAACAUUUAUAUUGGACUCCGUGUGCUGCUCAUUGCAUAGAUUUGAUGCUUGAGAAGAUUGGAGGGUUGCCACAAAACAAAAAUGCUUUACUUAAGGCGAAAAAGUAA